AUCGCCAUCAGCAGGAAGUCGAGAACAAUGCAGCGUGCCCUUUGCCGAGCCACCCAGCGCUCCCGCUCGCUCUCGAGCUCCCGGCGCCACGCCUCGACGCUGCUGGUCGCCGAGCACGACGGUACCAAGCUCUCCGAGGGCACGCUCGCCGCCAUCACCGCGUGCGCGCAGAUGAAGCCCAUUACGCUUCUCGUCGGCGGCUCUGCGGAGAUGGCCGCGACGGCGGCCAAGGCGGAUGGCGUGGACGCGGUGCAGUUCGUCGACAACGACGCGCUCAACCACGGCGUGGCGGAGGAGUGGGCCCCGCUGGUGGAGGGAAUCGCAAAGACGGGCUUCACGCACGUCGUCGCGGGCGCCUCCUCCUUCAGCAAGGGGCUCUUCCCGCGGGUGUCGGCGCUGCUUGACGUGGCGCAGGUGUCGGACAUCAUCGACGUCAAGAGCGAGGACACCUUCGUUCGUCCCAUCUACGCCGGCAACGCCCUCGCCACCGUCAAGUCUGAGGAUGCCAUCAAGGUCGUGACUGUGCGCCCCACGUCCUUCGACAAGGCGGCGGCGGAGGGCGGCUCCGCCGCUGUCUCCGCCGCCGCCGUCGACUUCUCGCCGACCGGCACGACGACGUGGAUCAGCGAGGAGGUUGCCAAGAGCGACCGUCCAGAACUCGCCUCUGCCAAGACGGUGAUCUCUGGCGGCCGCGGCCUCAAGACUGGCGACAACUUUGCGAUGCUCGACAGCCUCGCGCUCAAGCUGAACGCGGCGGUGGGCGCCUCGCGCGCCGCCGUCGACUCCGGCAUGUGUCCGAACGACAUGCAAGUCGGGCAGACGGGCAAGGUUGUCGCGCCCGACUUGUACGUCGCCGUCGGCAUCUCUGGCGCGAUCCAGCACC